AUGCGGUAUUCUCUAUGGGCCUCUACGCUUGUGCUGGCUUCGGCUGCCGCCACAACAACUUCACUGAGUGAUAUAUGUACAAGUGCAUAUGCGAAGAAGGCGUUGCCAGUGGAUCAACUCCAGGGAGUUACCGUUGAUCCCUCUUCCAUUUCCACGAGUCUCGUCACCAACUUCACUGCCAGCAGUAUAUUCUACCCUACCACGACCUUCGAUUACUGUAAUGUGACUUUCGCCUACUCCCAUGACGGCAUUGAAGGGGAUAUUGUUCAUGUGCAAUACUGGCUUCCAGCUCCAGCACAGUUCAAAAACAGAUAUGUGUCUACAGGUGGAGGUGGUUGGUAUAUUAACUCGGGCACUCAAUCGAUCCCUACUGGAGUUAUCGUUGGCGGUGUUGGCGGAUUGACCGAUGGAGGAUCAGGAAACUUCGAUGCCGCAUUUAGUUCCGUUGCUCUCUUGGCAAAUGGAACUAUCAAUUGGCAAGCGACGUACAUGUUUGGCUACCAAGCCCAGCACGAGCUCGCUGUAUUGGGCAAAGCGCUCACGCGAAAUAUUUACAACGUACCGUCCAGCGAGAAGAUUUACUCCUACUAUCAGGGUUGUUCCGAGGGAGGCCGUGGCGGAUGGAGCCAGGUCCAACGGUUCCCCGAGCAGUUCGACGGCGUAGUCGCCGGUGCCCCAGCCUUCCGCUGGGCACAGCAGCAAACCAAUCAUUUGACGGGCAACGUCAUCGAGAAAACUCUUGACUACUACCCGCCCAGCUGUGAGCUCGAGAAGAUCAUGAACAUGACUGUCGCAAGCUGCGAUCCCCUGGACGGCAAGACGGACGGUAUUGUAUCGCGCUCCGACUUGUGUUUGAAGAAUCUAAGCUGGGAUUCCAUCCUGGGCGCUUCUUACUCGUGCGAUGCUGUCACCGGCUCUGCCUACGUGAGCGCCACACCUGCGCAGACAGGCAAUGUAUCUGCCAAAGCCAUCGAGGUCGUCAAGGCCUUUUGGAAGGGUCUUCACGACUCCGACGGCAAGCGGGUUUACUUCAACUACCAGCCUGGUUCGACUUUCGACGAUCUUGUGAGCGCAUAUGAUUCUACCACCGACAGCUGGAAUCUCGAUAUAAGCAGUCUCGGCGGGACGUGGGUUGGCUUAUUUAUCGAUCUUUUGCAGGAGUCCAACAUUCCCAGCUUGGAUGGCGUGACCUACGAUACCCUCAAGGAAUGGAUAGUCCUUUCCCAAAAGAAGUACGGGGAUAUACUCCAGACAACAUACCCAGACUUAUCGGACUUCCAAGCCGCCGGUGGAAAAGUCAUCCACGUCCACGGAGAGCAAGACUACUCGAUUCCGACCGCUUCUUCAGUCCGUUACUGGAACUCGGUUAGGGAAGUUAUGUUCCCCAACAAGUCAUACAAGGAAGGUGCCGCCGCUGUCGAUGACUUCUACCGACUGUUCCUCAUUCCCGGCGUGGGACACUGUGCCACCAACGAUUACCAAUCCGGUGCGCCAUGGCCACAGACAACUCUGCAGACUCUUAUUGGAUGGGUUGAGAAUGGCACGGCGCCAGCGACACUCGCUGGAUCUGGUGAGAUUGAAACAAUGUGUCGUUGGCCUCUUCGCCCGCUUUGGACUUCAAAUGGCAAGAAGUUCCAAUGUGUGUAUGACCAGGAAUCGAUUGAUAGCUUUAGUUAUGAUUUGGAUGCGUACAAGCUUCCUGUGUACUAA